AUGUUUCACAAUUUCCUCAUUGUUCAAUCUUCCAGGGAUUUAAGCCUAAUUUAUAUCAAAUUAUACAUGGAAGACAAAGAGAAGACGAAGAAAGGUGUCCCGAUUGAGAUCAUCCCUGACAAGCUAUACUGGAUCUCCAGUAAGAAUCCACCCAGAAGUAGCAGAUCUGCCUAUUAUUUCUGUAUUGACGAUGCGCUGGUGUAUAACCCCUUCUGAGAAGACUUUGGACCAUUGAACAUGGCCAUGAUGCAUAAGUUUUGCAGGGAGUUGAAAAAAGUAAUGAUUAAUAAAGAAUACAAAAAGCAUAAGAUUUACCAUUAUACCUCAACAGAUAAGAAGAAGCAAGCAAAUGCUGCCUUCCUGAUGGGCGCAUUCAUGAUCAUCGUCCUAGGCUACAACGCUGGUAAAGCUUGGGAGGUUUUCAAGGAAAGCGGCAUAUCUUUCAAGCCCUUCAGAGAUGCGAUCAUGGGUGAGUCCACUUACAAAUGCACUAUUAAGGACUGCCUGGAAGGACUCUACUGCGGAAUUCAACUCGGAUGGUAUAACUACGAUACUUUUGAUAGAAAAACUUAUGAGAAACUUGAGAAAGUGGAGAACGGAGAUAUGAAUUGGAUUAUUCCUGGCAAGCUCCUUGCAUUCGCCAGUCCUUCUAAUAAAAAUAUGAUGAGGAUGGACUAUAACCCCAUAUUCAAAAAAUUUGGAAUUGAUCUUGUGGUUAGAUUAAAUGAGAAAGAGUACGACGAGACGAUCUUUACAGAUAAUGGAUUCGAGCAUCUUGAUAUACCAUUUGUAAGUUGAUCUAUCCCUCCCCAGGAUGUAAUUAGCAAAUUCUUAGAAAGAGCCGAAGAUACAUCUGGAGGAAUCGCAGUCCACUGUAAGAGUGGCCUUGGAAGAACUGGGACUCUUAUUGGACUUUACUGCAUGAAGCACUACGGAUUUCCUGCUGCUGCCUUUAUUGGAUGGAUUAGGAUCUGUAGGCCAGGAUCUGUGGUCGGACCUCAACAACAUUAUCUCAACGAGAUCGAAGAGGAUAUGAUGACACAGGGUGAUAGCUUGAAUAAAAAGAAAGAACUUAUUUCAGAAAUGGUUGACACGAUUCCUGAUGAGAAGAAGCUUUUGAUGGCUCCUCGUAUGACGAGAAUAAAAAGAAUUAGAGAUAGGGACCAAGUUGAAGGUUAA